UCCAUUUUGCAGAUCGCUGCAUCGGACAAGUUAAACAAUGUCUUCAUGUCUUUGCAUCGAAGAGGCCUUCUUACUCGGUUCGUGGUGGACGAGGCUCACUGUGUUUCUCAGUGGGGCCACGAUUUUCGACCUGAUUACACGAAAUUGAAGGCCUUAAGAAGAAUGUUCGUCAAUCCAGCUGUGCCGAUUAUGGCGCUCACUGCAACAGCGACACCUAAAAUCGUGACCGAUACACGCGACCAUUUGGCAAUCCAGCAAUGCAAACUAUUCAUCAGUAGUUUUGUAAGAAUUAACCUGAAAUAUGACGUUAUUGCGAAAGGGCCGCGCUCGCUGGUAAGAGUGAUGGAUCGCAUGAAGACUCUGUAUCCAGGCAAAUCAGGCAUUAUCUACUGCUUGUCAAGGAAGGAUUGCGAAAUGGUUUCAAAAAUGCUGCAGAAUCAGGACAUCUCAUCCGAAGUUUACCAUGCCGGCUUAACUGACAAGAAACGUGUUGAGGUGCAAUCGAAAUGGAUUAACAACAAGGUGGACGUAAUUUGUGCAACCAUUGUGUCAUCGAUUCCUGUUACUUUUUUAGCGUUUGGAAUGGGAAUCGAUAAACCAGAUGUACGAUUCGUUAUCCAUUUCAGCAUGCCGAAAUCAAUCGAGGGAUACUAUCAGGAAACGGGCCGAGCCGGACGUGAUGGUUUGACUUCGUACUGCGCCAUCCUGUACAGUUACAAUGACUCAGUGCGCAUCAGGAAAAUGAUUGAAGGCGAGAACAGUACACAAGGUGUUCGAGCAAUGCACCUGAGCAAUGUGCUCCAAAUUGUGGCCUACUGUGAAAACGUCUCAAUUUGCCGCCGGAAACUACUCGUUGAGCAUUUCGGCGAGGUUUACGAUGCGGAAGCUUGUCGCACCGGUACCUCACCCUGUGAUGUUUGUGUCCAGCAAACCAAGAAUAAGGCCACACGACUGGGCCAUACGCAGCUUGAAAUGUUUGGACGUGGUGUUGGAAUGCACGAGACGGAUGCGCUGAGGUUCAUCAGGAAACUUGUGAUUGAUGGAAUUAUCGUGGAGCGCCUUUACAAUACGAAAUUCGAUACAACAGUGGCGUAUGCGGAAUUAACACAGCUCGGCCGAGAGCUGGCCAGUGGGCGAACUCGAAUGAAGGUGUAUUUGCAUGUAUCAAAUCAACCAAACGAUCGGCGUCGAUCUGGUGUAUCUGAAAUUGUAGCGCUAAUGCCAAUAAAUCGAGUGAGCGAAGUUCAGGCUUUGAAAGAGAAAUACAUGGUAAAACACGCGGACCUAUUCAACAAAUGCCGGAAAGAUCUGCUGCGACUGUUUUCCGAAAUUGCUUCGGCCGAAGGAAUGAGCAGUCAUCUGCCAAUCUUAAGUUCAGAAGGUCUCGAACAAAUUGCCGCGCUCAUGCCACGGACGUACUCCGAUCUGCAGCAAAUUGAUGGUAUGACAGCACGCAAGGUAGAGCGUUAUGGAGAGAAAAUUAUGGGCUUACUGAAGGAAUACUGGAAAGAACUUGAUGCCCGUGAAGAGAAUGAAAUUCGACAACAAUUGAACCAUAUGAAUACGAAUAAGGAUAUGAUCGGUGGCUUCCCGGACAUACAAAUUGAUGGCCCAACCGCAGCAACUUCAGUUCUUGGAUCACAGGCUGUGUCCGGACGCGGAAAAUUUGUACCCCAUUUUACUCCGAUGAGACGUUUUGGAGGCAACGGACGAUCACGUGGAAAAUUUCGAAAAAGGGAAUAUCACAGCUCUCUCAGCACGCAAAUGUAUGGUUUGUCAACUCAAUCUAUAAAUUUUAGAAAACUGUAA